AUGUAUGCUGUGACUAUUAGUGAUGAGGGUGAAUGUUACCGGUGUUUCCCGCCCGACCCGGGCAUUGGUACGGCUGCUCUAGGUGCUAGUGAGGCUGCUGCUCUAGGUGCCAGUGCCUCUGCACCCUCAGGUACUGGUGAGUCUGCGCUCUCAGGUACUACGUCGGCUUCGGCCUCCCUCACCUUCACUCUUGACUCUGGGGCGUCUCGCUCCUUCUUUCGGGACCGCACCACACUCACGCCGCUUAGUCGGCCGGUUGCGGUGUCUCUGGCUGACCCCUCUGGGGGUCCUGUCCUGUCUCGCUUCUCCACAGUCCUCCCGUGUCCGGCGGCUCCCUCUGGCACCCUGUCUAGUCUCUACCUCCCCUCGUUCUCUAUGAACCCGGUGAGUGGUGCUGACCUACAGGAUGCGGGUGUCCACCAGUUCACUCCUGCGCGCCAGCGGGUGACGCACUGCACAGAGGCUAGCACAGGCCGACAUCUGGCUACGUUUACCCGUCAGCCGGGGUCGAGCAUGUACACACUGACCACUGCGUCUCCUCCCGUUGCUGAGUCUGGUAGGGGCCCUGGCCCUACCUAUGUCCCCUGUGUCGAGGGGCGCCAGCGUGCUGCCCCUCACUCCUCCCAGUUUCCUCCGAGAGAGGCCCCGUUGCAGACGCUUCACAUGGACGUGUGGGGCCCAGCCCGCGUCCGUGGACAGGGUCACGAGCGCUACUUCCUGCUCGUUGUUGACGACUACUCGCGUUACACCACAGUCUUCCCCUUGCGCAGCAAGGGUGAUGUCACUGAGGCGGAGAGUUCUCCUCUGGCCUUCUGCGAGCCUACUGUCGUGCACAAGGCAUCCGUCAAACCUUCACGCUUCCGGACUCUCCACAGCAAAAUGGGAUUGCUGAGCGCCGCAUUGGCAUGGUCAUGGACGUCGCCCGUACGUCUAUGA